AUGCUGGUCUAUAUCCACCUCAUUGAUGCUGUAGAAGCCAGAACCAAUGUCACUGUUGGUGGUCCUGGGUAUUCUCAAGCAUAUUGUCAAACUAAGGUUGGAAACCUCCCUUCACAGUUAUUUUUGAGUAUGUUAGUGACUCGAGAUCUCCUGUUCGUGCUCCUCAUGAUCUGCACCAGCGUCUACAUGGUCAGUGUCCUGCGCAGACACCACAGGAGAGCCCAGCAUCUCCACAGCCCCAGCCUCUCUUCCCAGCCGUCUCCUGAAAACAAAGCCACCCACAGCGUCCUAGUGCUGAGGUUUGUGUGCAAGGCUGGCAGCUGCGGGAAGAGGCUGAAGAGCAAGGAUGCCCUGAAAAGGCACCAGGAAAAUGUCCACACUGGAGAUCCUAAAAAAAAGCUCAUAUGUUCAGUGUGCAAUAAAAAGUGUUUGUCAGCAUCAAGCCUACAGGAACAUAGAAAGAUUCACGAGAUAUUUGAUUGUCAAGAAUGUAUGAAGAAAUUUAUUUCAGCUAAUCAGCUAAAACGUCAUAUGAUCACGCAGUCAGAAAAACGACCCUAUCAUUGCGAGAUUUGUAAUAAGUCUUUCAAGAGGCUUGAUCAAGUGGGUGCCCACAAAGUAAUACACAGCGAAGAUAAACCUUACAAGUGCAAGCUUUGUGGAAAGGAAUUUGCCCACAGAAAUGUUUACAAGAAUCACAAGAAGACCCACUCUGAGGACAGACCAUUCCAGUGUGAGGAGUGCAAAGCUUUGUUCCGGAACCCAUUUUCUUUGCAAAGACACAAGAAAUACAGGUGUGAGCUAUGUAAUAAGGCAUUUGUUACACCUUCAGUGCUUAGAAGUCAUAAGAAAUCUGGACACAACCGUCCUGGGUCAUUUAUGAGUAUCAUAGUGAUACGAGAUCUCCUGUUCGUGGUCCUCAUGAUCUGCACCAGCCUCUACAUGGUCAGUGUCCUGCGCAGACACCACAGGAGAGCCCAGCAUCUCCACAGCCCCAGCCUCUCUUCCCAGCCAUCUCCUGAAAACAAAGCCACCCACAGCGUCCUAGUGCUGGGAAAUGACAAUGACAUUGAAGAAUGUGCUGCCGAGCUUGGGAACAAAGAGGAAUCUGGGUUUGAUUCUCUGGCUUCUCUAUAA